AUUGAAAGGUUGUUGGAGGUUAGUUGCUGCUAUGUUGUCUGCGUUGAUCAUUUAUAAAUUCAAGAGAAAAUUAUAGUCUUUAUUUCUGGUAGAUUAACAGCUAUAUUUUUUGAAGGGCCCUUUAAUCUGAUAAUCAAAAGAGAAGUUUAACAAAAAGACCUAUCUAAUGGUCUUCUUGUAAUGAGUUUUCGUUAUAGUUUGUUUAUGAUUUUGGUGCCAAUGGUUUACUAUAUUUAUUAUAUUUAUUAUAUCGCUGGAAGCUUAUCGUAUUCCCAAGAAGAGAACGCUCUUAAUAAUUGCCAAAUGUCUCACCAAGACAUUCUUCUUUAUAAUGGUUUUGUAAAUCCAAUUGCUAUGGAAGCUAUAGAAUGGAAGUACUAUAUUAUCUACUGUUGUAUGACUAUUUUUGAAUUGGGUUGGUUUACUUAUUUUAAGUUCCAUCAGAAGAAGUUGCUACUGAUUUCCGUUGUGAAUUAUUUGUUUUGGUUGUCCCAUUUUAUUAAUACUAAUUCAAAUAAGUUAGUACAUAAAUUCAUUGUAUUUUAUAUAUGAAAGUAUCGGUAAAACAUUUACGAGUAGUGCUGAUACCGAUCUCGCAAAUAGAUGCAAAAAAUGCCAGAUCUAAUUUUAUCAGAUAACUUAAAUUUACCAAUUCACGACUAGCAACCAACACAUGUAUACCAAGAGUGAUACAAUUCUCACUGGAUAU